AUAUCUGCAUUUAUAUUAAUGUAUUGCGUAGUUACUAAUAAAUAGCAUUAGUUUAUAGCAAAACCAGACUCUACGGUAUUUUCUAUUUCUGUUGGUUUUUUAACCAGUCACGGGGUACGUGACACUUCCACAAUAUUGAUUUAGAAUUUCCUUCAGUUAUGGUUUCUCUGUUAAUGACUGAACCCAGAGAGGAUGAGGCAGCAGCGCAGUGACUGCAUCUGUUCUGAAGCUACCGGGACCAAGAACAGAUAUUUUCCUGCACAUUCUCCAUGUCUGUCCGUCUGCUCCAUAAUAAAUUCAUUUUUUCCUUUUGUAGAAAGUCACUGAACUGACAGAGAAGGGAAACCGGACCGAGAGUUCCAGACUCUUCCUCAGUUUGGUGAAUGGCAAAGGCUCCCGGGCCCGGAGGGCCAUGUGGGAAUCCUUUGUGACAUGGAGGACUGAGUUACCGAAGUUGGACAGAAUACUGAGGGAAAUACAGGAACUCGGUCCGGAUCCACAGGAAUACAUGAACAUCGGCCAAGUGUUAUCUGAGUUACCUACUGAACUGCUUGAUGUUCAACAGAAACACAAGGAGACUCUGCGGGCACAAACUGAAACACUGAGAGUGAACACGAUCCUGAUGAGGGAGAAGGUGAAGGUUUUCCAGCUGGUUGACCGAUACGCUGAGCUCACGGUCAUUUCUACUGUUCGAGAUCGGAGACUGGUGGAACAUGAGCUGCUGGCAAGAGGCAGAGACCACGAGGAGUGGAGACAGAAACAUCUCCGCAGAGAGCUGGAAAAAAUCCGGACUGAUCAGUUACUCCAGAGCAGCUUUUCCCGGAGUAAAUCCAAAACUGGGAAUUCAGCAGCAGUGGCUGGAAUCCCGGGGAUAGGGAAAACAACAAUGGUACAAAAGAUUGUUUAUGACUGGGCCACGGGGAAAAUAUACGAACAAUUCCAGUUUUUCUUCAGUUUCAAAUUCCGGGAUUUAAACACCAUUAACUGUCGAAUAAACCUGAGGGAACUGAUUCUGGAUCAGUAUCCUUACUUUGGGAAUAUCCUGAGAGAGGUCUGGAAGAACCCAGAGGGAUUGCUGUUUAUAUUCGAUGGUUUGGACGAAUUCAAACACAGAAUCGAUUUUGCUGACAGUCGGAGAGAUACAGAACCAAAGCACCAGUGCCCAGAUCCCGAGUGGUGGUGUGAAGUGUCUGACAUUGUGUACAGUUUAAUCCAGGGCAAGCUGCUCCCAGGGUGUUCAGUGCUGGUGACCACCCGUCCCACUGCGUUACAUUUAUUGGAAAAGGCAGAGAUCAGUGUCUGGGCUGAAAUCCUGGGAUUGUUUGGUGAGGAAAGGAAGGAAUAUUUCAGCAGGCAUUUUGAAGAUCAGACGGUGGCGGCAGCUGUUUUCAAAUAUGUGAAGGAGAACGAGAUCCUGUACACCAUGAGCUACAACCCCUCCUACUGCUGGAGUUCCCAAGACCAUCACCCAACUGUACUCCUACUAUAUUUACAACAUCCUGAAAAACCACGGCCGUGAGAUUGAGAACCCCCGUGAUGUGUUACUCA